AUUUCAGAUAUAUAAUCUACGAACAAGAAGUUCCAUAAUUGCUGAUGCAUUUGAGGCUGCUUUUGAGAAUCUUAUUGAUUAUUCUACUGCGUUUGAUACUUUGCAGUAUCUGGAGCAUGAAAAGGAGUACCUAGUGUGGAAAACAGUAAAGAGUGCACUCAAUACUGUGGCAGAUUUGGGUAAUUUUUUCACUCAAUGUAAUGAUUCGACAUCGUACAAGGUGAGGACUGUUGCUACGAUCCUUCCUUCGAAGAAAAAGAGAACUGUGUACGUUAUAAUACAAAUUGUGUAA